GAACCAGAGUACCAGUCCUAUUCAUUUUAGACCCCUGCUGUUACACUCCGGUCCUGUAGGUGGCAGAACUACGCGGAGCGCCUCGGCGCGCCCGCCGCCAAAAUGCAUAUUUCACAGAAGAAAUAUUUUGCUUUUCGGAAGAAGAUCCCGACAAAGCGGCCCUGUUUUUCUUUUUAGACCCCAAUAAUAAAAGUUGAAUACAUUUAAAACCGACUAUGUACGCCAGGACGAACGCGGGCAGCGCGCAUGGAGACUUCCAGGACAGAAACGGAGUGAAUUACUCAUCGACAGAGUCUUUCGGCCACUGCUCGCAGUUGUUCUGGAAAAAAGACCCCAGCGAGUCCGGACCGAGUUCCACCAUCAGCUGGUGCGACCAGCUCCCCUCGUCGUCUGCAUCUCUGUCCGGCUCCAGCCUCUCCACAGCGUCCCUCUCCAGCGCCGCUCUCUCCAUGGAGUCCCAGGCGCCGGCGCCACAGCCGCCGCCGCCGUCCACGCCUGCCACCGCGGCGGCGGACGACACGGAAUCGGACGAGCGGCCGUACGUCUGCGACCUGUGCAACUGCGCCUACAAGCACGCCAGUUCGCUGCUGAACCACAAGCUCACCCACAAGACGGGCGACUUCAAGUGUGACUUCUGCAGCAAACCCUACACCAACUACAUGUCUCUGCGCAACCACAUGCGGAUUCACGGGCAGAAACGCUACAUGUGCGACCUGUGCGGCAAGGCCUUCCGGCUGGCGCGGUACCUACGGAACCACCAGAGGAUCCACGACGACGGGCCCAACCGCUUCGACUGUCCGUCCUGCUGCAAGAGCUACAGAACCAUGCUGGAGCUGGCUCAGCACCGCUGCACGGCCGCCGCCUCCAACCAGAACCGGUUCAACUGCCCGUCCUGCUUUAAGAGCUACAGAACCAUGCUGGACCUGGCCCAGCACCGCUGCAGCGCCGCCGCCAAAAACCAGACUGCAGGCCGGCGCUCCAACUUCUCGACGGCUCCUCGCCGUCAGCAGCAGCAGCAGCAGCAGCAGAAUAACGCCAUGAUGCCGCCACAGCACGCAGGACACCCCCAGCAAGAAGCUUUGCCCCCCCACUGCGUCUCACCCAUGUCCCAGGGGGGGCAGGGAGGCCAGCCUCUGCCAGACCCCCACCAGGUCCGUCCCAGCUCCGUGUCCUCUCAGAGCGGCCAGCAGAGCAUGAGAGGCUCCGCCUCCAACAAGCACGUCUCCCCCGGCGGCGGCGCGCCGUCUUCCUCCUACUCCCUGCUGCAGCCCCUGGUGUCUGAGGUGAAGGAGAUGAGCCCGGGGUACACCCGACUGAGCGCCAACCCCAUGCCGAAGCACCAGGACGCUUUCUCCCUGGCCCCCCAGCGGCCCCUCACGACCAUCAACCCCAUCGGCCACGCCCUCCAUCCCAACGGAGCCCCCUCGCUCAAGCCCCCCCCCGUGCCACGGACCAUCCAGGCCAUGCCCUGGGAGCAGCGCUCCCUCUACAAUCAAUGAGACUGCCGUUGACCCCGCCCCUGCCCCCCACCCGCCACUCAUUUGGGAGGACUCCUGGACCCCCCCCCCCUCGUUAGCUUGCUCCGGCCUGUGGCGUGGCGGCAGAUGAGGGGGGGGGGGGGGGCGCUGAACCAGCAGACUUUGAUUUUUAAGUAGUUAGGUUAAAAACAAUGUGCCCCCCCCCCCCACGUAUGAUCAUGUACUGAUAUAAGUUAAACUGUCUGUGCCCUUAACUGACCCCCCCAGGUAACAAUCUAUCAGCACCCCCACCCUGUGCUAGUUAUGAAAAUAUUUACCCCCCCCCCAGACCUUUUCAUUGUGUUGAAUGAAAAACCUAUUUUUACUCAAAGUGUUUUAAAUCCAGGUUCAAAGGUCAAUGUGACCCCCCUCCCCCCCUUCAGGAACCUUCAGGGUCCAGAACCGGAGCGGGUUCUGUUGGGGGGAGCAGCGUGGUCCUGUGUUUAGAGUGCUGCUUCCUGAGGACCCCCCCCACGCCCGCUGCAGCCCCCCCACAGUGUUACACCUUCGUCAGCAGCACUUUCAUCAGCAGCCCGACUGCUGACCCGACGGUUCCUUUGAGCGGGACCAGCUGAUGGACGGAUCCAGUACGUAGUUAGAUUCUGUUGAUCCAUUACCCACAAUCCCUCUGGCCUCGUCGUCUCUCUUUUUAAACGUGUAUUUUUAUUCCUUUCAUGUUUCUUUUCUUGUAAAGUGUCUUUGAGUAUUUAGAGAAGUGCUAUACAAAUAAAAUGUUUUAUUAUCACCA